ACACACACACACCAUUGACUCACUCAUUGUUUCUGAACAAGUGUAGGGAAGGCAGCACAUUGAGUGAACAGAGCUCAGUGACACUAGACCUCCCUUAGUACAUAGACAUACAGUCUAGGGUAAUGAAUGUCCAGCUGCUCACUCAUUUAGGUAGAAAACUGUUUUACAAUUAUCUGAGGCUAAGACCUAAUUUUGUUUUAUUAACUAGUUAAACACAAAGGGUUCUCCCCCCCCCCCCAUGGUUUUAAUGUAUACAAAAUUAACCAAGAAUGCAAUUACUAUGUAAAAGUCAAGAGAAGAUUUUACUUUAUUUUGUUUGUAAUGACUGGUUAGACUGUUAGUGAUACUUGUACAGACUGUGGAAGUCUGUAUCUGAAGGUUCUCAUAUUCAUGGUGAUCUCUUAGAGGCAAACAUCUGGCUGUGUUAAGCUUUACACUUUAGGCAUAUAAACAUUUACAUAGGGAAAUACAUACUGUUUUACUACAAAUUGCUUUUAUUUCUCCCUUGUCUUAAUGUAUAUUAAUGUAGAUUUUAAAAUUAUGUGUAGACAUAUUACCUACUAAUUUCAUUUUAGGAUAGUUAGGGACGCAUAAAAUACUAGUUAUGGAAGGGAUUAUUAUCUGAAAGGAUAAUUGAAUAGAGGAGGAGGGGAGCGGCAAAAGUAUUAAAGUAAAAGCUCUAAAAUUUAGGUCAGUAUUGUUACUAAAGAUGCUUUGGUUUCAUUUUUUGUCACUAAUGAGGCUGAUAUUUAUAGUUGGUUGUCCAAAUUUGCAUCUAUUCAGUUGACAAAUAGGUGAUGUUUAAAAGAAGAAGUUCAGAGAAAGAACUAGUUACAUGGCCCCACCUUCGGUUGUCAGUGCAUGCUUCAAAGUUUUAGCACCUUCUGUAUGAUUGUUAAAGGGUCUGGCAAGAAGUUUAAUCCCUUAACUUUUAGUAUUGAAAUAAUACUCUGAGCUAUGACUAGGUGUCUGCAGGAUGAUUAGAUAUCUUCAGAAAUGGGGUACUUCUUAAGAAUGAAAGAGAUAGCAUUAUAACUGUACGAGACAGCAGGCUUAAGCCAGGCAAACCAGGACAUAGGGUCACUCUACUCCUCUGGUACAAUUUACUAAAAAUUUUUUUUUGUUCAUUUGUAGAGGUUUGGGAUUUGAUAUAGGUUUGAGUAAAGAAGGUAGGGACCUGAAUAUAGGCAUUGCAACUUGAGUUUGAGCUCUUACUGAUCUGAUCUGCCAUGUGAUGUCAGCUAAAUCACACAGCCUAACCUAUGGGAUCCCUCACAUUGGUGAUUAGCCUCUAUGAAAAUUUUUACUUCAUUCCUUCAUUUUUUUAGUUAGGCACCAGAGCUGGGGUUUAAGACUUAGAUUCCAAGACUUAACAGUUAUGAAUCAGUAACAUUUUUUUAAAGUUUGUAUUUAUUUGAGAGACAGCGUGAGUGAGGGAAGGACAAGGCGAAAGGGAGAGAGAAUCCCAAGCAGGUUCCAUGCUCAGCAUGAAGCCCAACGUGGGGCUCAAACUCAUGACCCUGAGAUCAUGACUUGAGUUGAAAUUAAGGGUCAGACACUCAACCGACUAAGUCACCCAGGUGCCCCAAUCAAUAACGUUUUUAAAUAGUGCUGGGGGUGGGGGCUUGGGUGGCUCAGCUGAUUAAGUGUUAAGUGUCUGACUCUUGGUCUUGGCCCAUGUCAUGAUCUCACAGUUCGAGAGAUUGGGCCCCACGUUGAACUCCGUGCUGACAUUGCAGAGUCUGCUUGGGAUUCUCUCUCUGCCCCUCCUCUACCUGUGUGUUCUCUCUCCCUCAACAUAAAGAAAUAAACUUUAAAAAAAAAUAGUGCAAGGGAGAGAGCCAGCAGAGGCGUCGCGUCGCUACCACCACAUCCACAGUCAUGCUGAAACACGAGUUGUUUGUGGACAUGACCUGUGAAGGCUGCUCCAGUGCAGUCAGUCGGGUGCUCAACAAGCUGGGAGGAGUUGAGUUUGGCAUUGACCUGCCUAACGAGAAGGUUUGCGUCAACUCUGAGCACAGCGUGGAUCUUCUGCUGGAGACCCUGGGAAAAACAGGACCAGCUGUGUCCUACCUCGGCCCCAAGUAGUGAGGGCCUGGACCCUGGGCCCAAGAUGGAGCAAAGCGGGCAGGCCGCUGAUCCUCUCCUGCCUUCCCGACAGACCUGGGCCUGGCAGUCCUACUCAGCAAUAGGAGUUCCUACAGAGACCCUCACUUGCCCUGCUCCUCCCUAGCGUCCCUGCAAUAAAAUCGAGCCACUUUGGUUGUAAGUGUUAAAAAAAAAUAGUGCAAGGGCAAUUAAUUGUGCAAGGCAUUUAUUUUAUUAAGGGUAGAAAAUAUUUCCAUAGAUUGAUAAUGCGAUAGAUGAUUAACUUGGGUCAUGUUAUAGAUGAUUCAUUGCCUCCUUAGUUAAGGCAACAAGUCCUUUAUGAGAUUCAACCCUAGCUGGUAUACUUAGAAUGGUAAUUUUUUUUUUUUAAGUUUAUUUAUUUUGAGAGAGUGAGAGAGCACAUGGGAGCAGGGGAGAGGCAGAGAGAGAGAGAGAGAGAAUCCCAAGCCAGCUGUCAGUAUGGAGCCCAGCGCAGGGCUCGGACUCAUGAACCGUGAGAUCCUGACCUGAGCCGAAAUCUAGAUGUUUAAUCAUCUCAGCCACCCAGGCGCCCCUAAAAUGGUAAUUUCUGAGAAGAGGAGGCCUUUGGAUCAUAAUAUUCUCAUUAUGUA